CUGUCGACCCAAUCUCCAGCAAAUAAACCAAAAAAACCCUAAAACCGUCGGCGGCGGAGAGAGACUUGAGGUUGGAGCGUGGAGGAGAGAGACUCGCGGCGGAGAGAGACUUGAGUGGGAGUCGAUGGCGUUGGCGCCGAAGACGAGAGAGUUAGCGAAGCGAUCAGGUAAGUUCCUAGAGGAGGCGCUCUACAGGCGCCUCUUCCGGGAGGGCAACUCCCCCAUGACCGUGCGGAAUAAGCUCGAGGAGUUCCUCAAGAGCCACAAGCGCGUCCAUAAAUGGGAGGUUGGCGCCGCCAUCCGCAGGUUGCGUGAUCACAAGCUGUUCCGCCCCGCCCUCAAGCUAUCAGAGGUCAUGUCUAAAAGAGGAAUGAAUUUGACAGUGAGUGAUCAAGCAAUUCAUCUCGAUCUUGUUGCUAAGGCAAGAGGAAUUUCUUCAGCCGAAGAGUACUUUGUCAAUCUUCCAGAUGACUCUAAAAAUCAUCUCACAUAUGGUGCGCUCCUCAACUGCUACUGCAAAGAACUGCUAUCUGAGAAGGCAGAAGCUCUCAUGGACAAAAUGAAGGAAUUGGGGUUUGCUUCAAGCCCCAUGGCCUAUAACAGCUUGAUGACCCUGUACUCUAAAACUGACCAGCAAGGAAAGAUUUCAAGCAUCAUUCAAGAGAUGAAAGCCAAUGAUGUAACGCCGGAUUGUUUCACUUACAAUAUCUGGAUGCGGUCUUUUGCUGCCAUGAAAGAUAUCCCUGAGGUUGAGCGGGUUAUAGAAGAGAUGAAGAGAGAUGGGCGAGUUGAGGCUGAUUGGACAACUUACAGUAAUCUCGCUUCAAUUUAUGUUGAUGCUGGCAUGUUUCAGAAAGCAGAGGAUGCUCUGAAGGAGCUAGAAAAGAUGAACACGACUCAUGAUGCUGUUGCCUAUCAAUUCCUCAUCACUCUGUAUGGCCGCACGGGCAACCUUGUGGAAGUGCAUCGAGUAUGGCGAGCGAUGAAGGUGGCACGUCCGAAGAUGGUAAACAUGAGCUAUCUGAAUAUGAUCCAGGCAUUGGUCAAUCUGAAGGAUCUAUCUGGCGCUGAGGAAUGUUUCAAAGAAUGGGAUAACAAGCACGCAUCAUAUGAUAUCCGAAUUGCUAACGUAUUGAUCAAAGCUUAUAUCGAUGAAGGAAUGCUAGAUAAAGCCAACGAUUUCAAGAAACAUGCAAAGGAGCGUGGUGGAAGACUCAAUCCUAAAACAUGGGAGAUCUUUAUGAAUUACCAUCUUAAGAAUGAGGACAUAAAAAAGGCACACUGGUGCGCUGACCGUGCAAUUAAGAAGGGUAGAAGCCUAGGCAGAAUUUGGGUUCCUCCUAGUGAGGCCAUUACUGCCAUAAUGGCGUACUUUGAGAAAAUGAAGGAUGUUUCAGCUGCUGAGGAAUUCAUUGAGCUUCUACAGAAGGUACAAAAGAACCUAGGACCGGAGGUGUUUGAAAGCCUCAUAAGAACAUACGCGAAUGCCGGGAUGAAGAGCCCAGGUAUUCGGCGACGCUUGAAGAUGGAGAAUGUGGUUGUAAGUUCCGAUACGGAGAAAUUGCUUGACUCAAUCAGCAAUGAGUAAGGGAAUAAUUGUCAAUGUGGCCGCUUAAUUCGAACUUAUUACUUGCUUGUGGUUUCUUUCUGCAUUGGAUUUCAAAUAACCAUGAGCAUCUCUCGACUGUUGAAAGAAACAUGACUCGUGCAUUUGCCUUUCAAGUUUAGUUGUCUACACGUACAUUUUGAGUCAGAUGCCAUUCGAACCUAUUCUGGAUAUUUUGGCAACAGAAGUUGAUUAGGAAGUCUGGCCUCACCUGAGCCCUGAUCAGUUUCCACGCUUUGCAGGUAUUGGUAACUCUUCAGUCAGCAUUGACAGCUCUUGGCAACAUAACGAUGUGUUUUGUUGCAUAUCGAAUAUAUAAAGCAUCCUAAUAAGACUCAACGAGCUCCUAAGUUGAGUCCAUGAUAAGGGGAAAGGUAAUGACUAGUGGCCAUACUGUAUGUUUAAAAUAUAAUUAAGAUGUGUUUGCUUAAAGUUAGGAUCUGAAAAUUGAAAUGUUUGCUCUAUGAAAUUCAUCAUUUUGUGCU